AUGACACCGUACUUGGCGACUAGAUUGAUAAAAAUGAUCAAGGUAAAGUUGAUGGUGUUGAAGGUGAUGUUAAUGAUCAUAUACAUGAGGACUGUAAAUUUGGGUGAGGAUGAUAAAAUCAAAGAAGGAAUUUCAGAUGAUAUUGUUGAUAAACUUAUUGGAGAAAAGAAGAUAGAAGAUGAAUUAAUUGUUGCAAGUCUGUUUAAAAGUUGUGCUGAAGGUGAAGUUGAAAAUCCUAAAACAAAGAAGGAUGGACAAGUUGUGGUAGAAGGUGAAGGUGGUGAAUUUGGUAUUGAUUUGGCAAUAGGGGUAGAAGACGAUUCAAAUAAAAAUAAAGACAAAGGUGUAGAAACUAUUUUUGGUGUUCCAAUUGUUAGUCAUGAUUCUUUAGAGUAUUGGUAUGAUCCAGAUUGA